AUGACUCAAAGCCAUUUCUCUCAUCAUCGGCGCUCUGCCUCGGGCCCCAAUGCAACCAAGGCCAGACCUGCUCGUCCAGCACUACAUCGAAAAGGUACAUCCUUUGUGAACCACUCCAUCUCCAAGCUAGGCACCGGGCUGGUCAGACAUUGUGACCCCGACGACGAUUGUCCGCCCGAGAUGGCCGCCAGCUUCCUCAAUUUCUGUGCCAUGUGUGAGAGACAAAUUACUGCACCUGAUAACUCUCGCCUCUACUGCAGUGAAAGUUGCCGUCGCAAGGACUCUCAUAAACCCCUCUCCGCCUCCCUCUCCUCAACUUCCCUCUCUUCUUCCUACACACCUCCUACUUCUCCUCCUUUGUCCCCACGAACCAUUGUGGCACCCAUGACUCCCACGAAGCUCCCCCCUCAGCAGACCCCGGCUAUCCGGAUACCGUCCGAAGUGAACGACUCCAAGACGGAUCAGGAUCCCACCGAAUGGAAGCCGGUAAUAUCGAUGAGCGCGGGCACCAGCCCACUGGCGUCAUCCGAGGCCUGGCAAUAUCUCUCCCAAUUCCAUGGUGGUCAGGUGCCCCUGGCGGUGCGUCGGUCCCGGUCUGACCGUAGUUCGGCUAGCUUGUCGACGCUCAUGAGCGCCACCGCCACCAUGCCGUCGCUCACCCACACUCCGUCGACGAUGGCCUCAUCGUUCAGCAGCAAUGCAUCGGAGCCCAUGAGCUACUCGCACGAGCCAGUGCACCGCCCACUGCCGCCGCGUCACAAUCCCAACUUCUCCAGCAGUGCCAGCGGCACCAAGGGCCUGGAUUUGGUGGUGCCUCACCUGAAGGUCCGUGUCGAAGAGGACUCUCCCAUCCACUCGACCCGUGGAUCGAUCUUCCCGGCCGAUAGCUCCCUCUGGAGCGACAGUGCCAGCGAGAAGACGCUCACGGCCAGCGCCAUCAGCAUGUCACCCCGUCAGGUGUCUUCGUGA